AUGAAAAUGAGAGCAUCUCAACAAAUUGCAAUAUGGAUGUCUUUUGCAAACGUGAUCUUCGCUAUCCCCAUUAUUGUAGUCGCCAGUUGGAUGGCGGCCAGCAAUUCUUGUCUGAGGACACUUGGAUCCGGGUAUUCCCUCUUAUCGCGAUUGGAGUCCUCAUGCUCCUGUGUGGCUUUCUUAGCUGCGUGGCGUUCGGGUGUGAUACGGAUGAGUGUAAGGCCACUUACAUGGUGGUAAUGGGGAUUUUAUUGCUAUUGAUGUUUGCCUUUGUCAUUUCCCUCGCGGUGUACUCCACAUACUCAGGCUCCGCCGAGAAGGCGCCAGGUCGGGGUUACGCGGAAUACCGUUUCCGUUCAUUCUCUUCCUGGCUUCGCGGCAAGGUUAGCGAUAAGAAUGGGUGGACCGGAAUCGCAACUUGCCUCGGUCUUUCCGAAGGCCCGUGCGGUGACUUGAAGCGAACAUCCUUCUCCUCGUCUGAACAACUUUAUGCCGCAAAUCUCACCCCUUCGGAGCUUUACUCAUCCUCUUCCUUCGUAUGAACCCUAGCCGCCGCACCCACUACAAAUUUGAACUCUACCGUCCUCUUCAAUUUGUUCGUUCAUAGAAGCUCAGGCGUUUGUUCGUAGAAGCUUUACCCCUUCACGAUCGAGCGACUAUUUGACAGAGCCAGAGAGUUCCAUUUCCCGUCCAAGUAGCGGUUUCCACCAAUUUCCAGGUAUGUGCUUUUUCCAUCUACUCGUUCUUCAUCCUUCGGAAACUUAUUCAAAAUUUUGUAGAGUGUUCAUAUGAUUUAGGGUCUUUGCAGUAGAAUUGCGAUUUUAUGGACCUUCAGGAGGGGAUGUUGUUUCCGAGUCGUAAUAGGUGGUAGCAAUUAUCGUUCUGCGCUGCCCAAUUGAUUUCCGAGUUGGUGCUUGGGAGCGACGGGAAUCGGCGAUUGGGGUGGAAGUGAUGGCGUCGUCCCCUGUAGAUGAUGUUGCGCCAGCCAUAGUCCGAUUCCUCUAUUUGGGGUUGAUGGCGUUGACGACGCUGAACAUUGUGCCUUCAUUCCAGUAAUGGGAGAUCUUCACAGAGGUAUUUUCCACAGAACACAACCGGAUGGUCUCUCUAGCUCCGGAUCUAUGUUAGGAUUGAAAGUAAAAAAAUUGCUUUUCAAAUCAUUGACUCAAUUGCUGUACGAAUAUUGAAACAAAGAGGGGUCAUUCCUCUUCCACAAUCAUUAAUCUUGAGGAUGCUUUAUGGUUUAGGGAUUCAGAUGUUUCUAUCUCUGCUUUUUUUUCCUUCAAAUUAUGCAGAUUUGUUCUUAAUAUGAGGGAACAUCCUUUUUAAGAAGAAAUGGUAAUUUGGAUAGUUUCUUUGAUGGACAAGUCAGAGCACUGUAUUGAAGAUGUUCAUCAAUUUAUAGAGGAGCUCAUCUCAUAAGCCAUCCAAUGCCUAAAUUAAAAGUCCUUAUGCAAUUGUUUUAGAGAAAUGAAAAAGAGAUGUUCAAAGGUAUUGGACUUUAUAGACCUACUUUUAUUUUCAUUCAGUUUCAUUUAUAGUGUGUUUAACUAUAGAGUACUUAUUUAUAGCUACAAUUACAUUUUAUGUCAGAAGCUGUUGAAAUUAUAUUCCAUUGUAUGUAUGGCAGAAAUAACCUUGAACAAAAAUACAUACACAAAUUGAGUUUGAGCGAUUGUUUUAUUCUCUCAUCCAACAACUUUUUGUUUCAUUCUUUUAGGUAAAGUCUUUGCGUUGUUUGGUAUUCUGGCUGACUUCUAUCAUCUUAUUUUUCAUCUAAAUUUUUUACUUGCUAUUUAGAUUGUCAAAAGUGCAGCUGCUAGUUACUUGAUCAAGAUCUGCUGAUUUCCCAUUUCAAAUGUGCUGAUUUUUUAACCAUAAAUGUAAAAUAGCAAGAAUCUAAAUAUGAAUAGAGGGAGUAUCAAUGUACCAUACUCUUGUUUAAAUCUAAAACUACUUUUAUCUCUUACAUAACAUCAAAGCAGUUGCUGAUGUUGCCAGAUAAGUGGUUAAAAGUGCUGCUUUAGAGGUCUGCACUAUUAGUUAUCUUUCUGUGGUUUCACAAAUUCGCAUAAUAGUUGGUUGUAACUAAGUGUUCCACUUCAUAUGACUUUAAAGGAUUAAACGGAAAAUAAUAAAAAGUCUACAACUGUGGUUGCUUAUAGAGCUACAUUGGCAGUAGUUGACGUUGUUAUUGUAGUGGAAAUCACAAGGUUGGUUUCUAUGUUGUUUUGUGAUUGAUUACAAGUCAAAGUUUUCAAGUUAAUUUUCAUGUUUAGAAGCUAAAGUUCAAGUUAAUUUUCAAAAUUGAUGCUAAACUUGUAACAGUUGGAAGCUAAAGCUCGUGAGCUGAAUUAGAAGCUAAAUUUCAGAAUCUGAAGUCAAUUUACAAGUUCAUUUUCAACUUGAAUAAGACUGACCUUGUUGAGAAAGGGCAAGUCUCUACAGAGGAAGGAGAAGCUAAAGUUUGUGAGCUAAAUGUCAUGUAGUCAAUGCUAAUGAGUGAGCAUCAAAGCCUUCUAAGGUAUGCAUUUGGUUCAUUUUGUUGGGAGAAAAGUACUUCCUGUGUUAAGGUUUAUUUUUAUUUUAUUGCAACACCAGGAGCAAGCUAGACUAUCAGAUCAUCUUCUAGCUUGAACUCUGUAAACUUGGAUUAACUAAGCUUAAUAUGACUAGAAUAACCUUAUUAGUGCUUUAAACUUUUCGAUAACAAUUAUACAUAGUGAAGGGUAAGAGUGGAAAAUGAUCAAUGAGUGCUUUCUUGAUAUGUUAAAGCCACAAUUAAUUGCAGCAUACUUACUUUUUAAAAUGAUGGCUAAAAGCGAAUAAAGGGAGCACUUGUUUUCCAUGAGCAUGGUUGUAGUCUUAAAUUCUGUCGCAGCAUUUAGAUUCUUUACAAUUUUAUAAAACCUAAAUAAGACUUUACAGUAAUAUGAUGUCCAUGAUAUGUAUUAUAAAUGAUGAGAGUGGAUGCGCAAUACAUCCAUGAUAUGGGGGGUCUUAAUAUUGUCUACCUCAAGUUUCAGCACAGAAGAUCAACUUUUAAAGAGCACCAAUACAUCUGUGAUGGGGGUAGCAACUUUUAAAGAGCACCAAUACUUAUAUUCAUUAGUAUAUAACAGGCAUACUCUGUUAAUGAGUUGUUAUUUCUUGUUCCAGUACUAAAAGGAAAGCAGGAUCAAAAGACAGAAUUUGAGGUUUUCAACUUCACUAGAGCUGGUGGAGUCGCCCUUUCCAUGUAUAACACUAAUGGGGUUUGUUUAUUUGCCUCUCUGUUUUCUUUAUUGCUUGUUUUUAAGUGAUUCCUAUGGGAUUUGAAAUUUCAGUUUUGUGUCCAUUUUACUGGAUUAUGCGGUAUCCACUUUCUACUUUUAUUUGAGUAUAUGCUUUUGAAACUUAUGCUAAUAUUUAUGAAAUGCUUAUACGUAGUAGUAUAUAGGCUAACAUGGUGCCUAUUUUUAGCAAUUGGAUGUAUGAGAUCAAAUAUUAAACUAUGGGAACUAACAAGCAAAAAAUGAACAGGUGAUGGAGUAAGCUCUUAAAAAGAGUCUUUUGGUGUUCAUCUACCAUCAGAGGUUAUUUUUUAGCAACAAUAGUUUGGCGUUUUCACAUAUACAUUAUAUUCAUUUCAUUGUAGCUAUCUAAUGUAUCUUGGUUUUAUUUCUUUUAGAUAUUGAAAAGCCACCAAGAAGUAGGAAGCACUAGUCUCAUGUUGAAGAUCAACCGAUUUAGUCAUAGGCGGAGCUUCUAGCAGUUGGAGGAUCUCAAAUUAGUUUAUUAUAGAUUAUAGAUUUAGUUGAGUUUUUGUUGGAAGGUGUAUGACAUUUGAAUUGUAAAUGAUAAUUCUUUUUAUUUUCAAUAAAGUGCCUUUUGAUUUUUCAUACAUUGUCAUUUUUAUUUUUCAGUAAA